ACCACCAGUGGUUCACAAUGCAGAAGCAACUGCGGCUCCUGUGUUUGACAUGUUGACGUCGUUUUGAAUCGUAAACAAGUGGAAAAAAAUCGUUAAAAAUGUUCAAGAAGAGGAAAAUUGUUAAUAACGCCAUGAGGAAGCGUCAGGCUGAGGGGCAGAACGAUAGCAGUGAGGAUGAGACAACCGUCGUGAAGAAGGAGAAGAAAAUUGAUGGAAGUAAUCCCCUCCGACAAAGUACAAGUCUCAGAGGAAAAGAGAAGACUGAGACCUGUGACUCUAGUGAGGAAGAAGCCUCAGUGAUGGUGUCCUAUAAGAGUACGAAAUCAAGUCAGAUUGAGGGCCCGAGUGAUCAGGGAGCCACAUCUGUUCUGGAGACUGAGACAGAGGUGGAUAAGGAUGCUCAGGCGAUAUUCGAGAAAGCUCAGAAGAUAAACGAGGAGCUGGAGGGGAAGGAGGACGACAAGAUCUACAGGGGACUGAAUAAUUAUGCCCAGUAUUACAAGAAGAAGGACACAGCUGCUGGGAAUGCCUCCAGCGGAAUGGUCAGGAAGGGCCCCAUCAGGGCGCCAGCAAACCUGAGAGCUACAGUCCGAUGGGAUUAUCAACCAGACAUCUGCAAGGACUACAAAGAGACUGGAUUCUGUGGCUUUGGGGACUCCUGUAAAUUCUUGCAUGAUCGUUCUGAUUACAAACUCGGGUGGCAAUUGGAGAGGGAGGCUGCCAGUGGAGAGUAUAAUAACUCUGGAGAUGAGGAUGAUAGCAAGUAUGAAAUCGACAGUGACGAGGAUAGUUUGCCCUUCAAGUGCUUCAUCUGUAGGGACACAUUCACCGAUCCUGUUGUCACCAAAUGCAAGCACUACUUCUGUGAAAAAUGUGCCCUCGACCACUACAAAAAAUCCACACGAUGCUUCAUAUGCAAUGUCCAGACGACAGGUGUGUUCAACCCAGCGAAAGAACUGAUAGCCCGAAUGAAAGCAGAAGAGCAUGAGGAAAUGGAUUGCUGCGAGGGUGUCGAGGACACUUGAUGACUCAACCCCCACGAUCCCCGUCCCGAAAAACUAUUUAUUAAAAACCAAAAAAAUAAACAAUCAAUUGAUCAAGUACAAUUGUUCUCCGAUCACAAAAAUCUUCACAAAGAGGAAAAACCAAAAUCAAAAUGUCGAAGUUUUAUAAAAAAAAAAAAGAAAUUCGAAGAAUUGAUAAUUCAUUAUUUUCGUUUGUGUACCGCGACUAGUCGAGAUAACCCAGGGAAGCGCGAGUAUUCGUGCGACUGCGGGAUAGUAACCAACUCCCCCCCCCCUUGAAUCGAUACAACAACCCAACCAAUGUGCAACUGGAUGUGUAUCUCCAGCAUUGAAAUGUCAUCGUGCAAGUGUUUCCAUCAAUUUCUCCCACAAAACCCCAUCACUGGACCCUCUGAAGCAUAAAAAAAUGUCCUCGACGCCUGUUAAAUGAUCCUCAAGUGCUCUCCAACAUCCAGUGAGUGAAAAUUCAAUCAUAAAGGGACUGAAAAGCGGCUAGACUGGAGUGUUACCUUGGAGGAGGUCCCUCAGACCUGAAAAAAAAAUUAUUCCUCCAAUUACAUCAUCAAUUAGUCUGUUCCAACCAUUGAAAAAGAAAAUGUAGUGGAAAUAGAUUGGGGUAAAAAUUUUAUUUGGGGUUUUUGGAGUUGAAAGUGGAAAAAAUGGAUGGAAUUGUGGGGAAAAUUGAGAAAUGAGGGAUUGAGUGAUUGUAAUUGUUGGAAUAGUUGGGAGAAUUGAUGAGUGGGAGAUGUGGGGGAUUUAACAUAUCAGGAACAGGCAUAUCGAUCGUCUCGAUGUAUUUAAUAUCUCCCGGGAUCUCUGUUGUCACUGGGAGAAUUUCUUUAUCCACUAGUGGCAAUGUGAAGGGGGCUGGAGGCUUUUGGCGUUGAAUAUAAGGGUUUGAGAGGGGUUUUGGGGGGGUUGGCGAAGAGAAGAGGACUAGUGAAUUGAGGAAAAAUAAAUAAUAUCAAUCAGGUAAUGAGUUCUCCAUUAAAAAUGUCCUCGGACACUUGUCCUUUUCCAUGUUUUAGACAGAAGGUCUAAUUUUGUUCAAGAGUUUUAUUUAGUCAUUAUCAUUGUUAGGAACAACCCAUUAAGGAUAUCCCAGUGUAUUUUACAGUUUGGUACAGACCACACUAUAGAUUCAACUAUUU